AAGGUGAUUUGGAGGGAAUUCCUGUUCUAACUCAUCCAAUGUGUAAGGAGUUGCCAGAAGAGCUUGAUGCGCGAAACGCUUGGCCUCAAUGCAGCACAAUUGGAAGAAUUCUUGAUCAGGGACAUUGCGGUUCUUGUUGGGCUUUUGGUGCUGUUGAAUCGCUUUCUGAUUGUUUCUGUAUUCACUAUGGUUUGAAUAAUUCGGAAGACCUUUACAGUCCUUUUAUGAUUCUUGCAUGUCCAGCCAUGGUGCAACUGGGCAUGGUGGAGCAAGUUAAUACAGAGGCCAUAUGAAAAUGGUGAUCAAAGAGAUCUAAAGUUGAUCAAGGACAUUUUGAGGCCACUGGUGUUGAGGACAACGAAAGAUACCAAGGACAAAGAUGGAAGGCCGAUUCUUGUUCUCCCUCCAACCAACAUUCAAGUCAUUGAGUGUAUAAAAUCAGAAGCUGUGCGCGACUUCUAUGAUGCCCUCUUCAAGAUAUCUAAAGUAAAAUCAGGCCGAUUCUUGUUCUCCCUCCAAACAACAUUAAGAGUCUGCUUCAUAGAGUAACUUUUCCUAUUUUUUGGCUGUUAAGAUCCAAGAUUGAGAAAGGAAUCAAUUCAUUUCUUCGGUUAAUUUUACUUUGGUGGAACUAAUAUAGGUCUAAUCCCCAUUUUUGCUUGUUCUUUACAAUUAUUGAGUAAUUUUUUAUUUGAUAUUAUAACUUAUACCUCAUAAAAAAUAAUCCAUUAGAGUUGAGUGAUUCAUGAACCAAGAGGGGGAACAGGUGUGAAUGGUCUUUGCUGUCAAGGUGUUGUAUUUUAAUUAUGUAGUACUCGUGAGUAAUUAUAUUAGGAGUUAAAAAGUGUAUGUUGAUUCCUUAAUUUGUCACUUAUGGUUUUAUAUUGUUACUAUCUAAAUAAAUCAUCCAAUAAGGAGCUUCAAGAUUAUUUCAGUUGCAACUUAGACAUAGCUUUAUCACCUAACCACCCAAAAGGGAUAAGAAUUUCAUACAUCAAGAUUCCUUAAUAUUCAUGAAUCUUAGGGAUCAAGAAUUAUUGCUCAUCUGUUAGCUGUUUCCCACUUUGUAAGCUCAGAGCGUAUAUCAACCCAAACAUAUGCCUACAUAUAACUUCACUGCUUCUUACGCAUUUGAUGUUUUGGGAAUCAGGUCCAUGAAAUCCUGCAGAGGAUAAGGUAAAGAAAACUUGUUAAUUUUAUUGAGUGGGGCCCUGCAAGUAUUUAGGCAGGUCUUUUGUCCAUAAUAAAUUUUGAGAUUUAACUUUUCUCUAUACUACUUCUUGACUUUGCAUUACCUUCCUUUGUAGGUUGCUUUAUCUAGAAAGUCCCCCUAUGUCUAAACUGCUCAUAGGGUUAGUGGUCUCAUGUUGGCCAGCCAUACAGGUAUCCGCCACUUAUUCAGCAAGUGUUUGACCCAGUAUGAUAAAUUGAGAAAGAGACAAGCCUUCCUUGACAAUUAUAGGAAUCAUCCAACGUUUGUUGUAUGUUCCUGUUCAACUCUGUCUUUCUGAUAUAAUCUACUUAGAAUAAGAUGAGGCACAGUGUAUAGUUUAGUUAUUGGGAAGUCAGUCCCUCCCUCUACCUUCCAAGAUAGGAUAAGGUCUGCGUACACAUUAGUCUCCCCUACUUAAAGGAUUACCUGAGUAUGUUGUUGUUGUAUUUCAGCUUGGGAUUUGGUUGUGUCUAGCUUUUUAAGACGGCCCAGACAUUUGUUGUGCUCCGUGUUUCUGCAAAACCGAACAUGAACCUGAAAAUUUUUCAAGUGAAAUCUACCGACUUCUAUAAGAAACGAUGACAUGGUUUCUCCUUUCA